AUGAACUGUUUAACACUAAAACACUUAUAUUUUUUUAUUCUCAGCAGGAACCCAGAGAUUUAUUUGCUCUACCAAAAGAACUUGACUGUUAUCAACAACUUGCCAGAUGGCCCUCAGAAUGUAUUGGACGAAAGAGUUCAACAUAUAGAAUACACUCCAGCAACACCAGAAUUAUAUUAUCAACCCACAGGCAAAGAAAUUCAACCAAAGCCUGUUGGAGAAGAAUCUGGAACUGUAGUUUUUCAAUACUAUCCAAUGAGUGCAGUCAAUUAUUUUAGUAGAUCUAGCGUUGGAGGAAGUCGUUAUUUUAUGCCAGGUUGUCCAACUAACCAAGAAAAAGAUGAUAAUUUAAAAUUUGAAUCUAGAUUCGAAUCUGGAAAUUUGGCAAAAGUAGUUAAAAUAACUGAAACGUAUUACGAAUUGUACCUUAGAACUGAUAUGUACACAAAUAGGCAUAUGCAAUGGUUUUAUUUUAGAAUCCAAAAUACAAAAAAACAUAUCAUUUACAGAUUUUCUUUUGUGAAUUUAUCGAAAGGCGACAGUUUAUAUAGUGAUGGAAUGAAACCAUUAUUAUAUUCUACCAAAGAUGCUCAAAUGAAUGCCAUUGGAUGGAGAAGAUGCGGGGAUAAUAUUUCAUUUUACAAAAAUGAACCUCCAAACGGGGAAGAAGAUGAGAUAACAAAUUAUACUUUGUCUUUUAAUAUUGAAUUUCCUCACGAUCAAGACGAAGUUUAUUUGGCUCAUUGCUAUCCUUACACUUACACGGAUUUACAAGAUUAUCUGAAUAAAAUUCAAAAUCAUCCAAUCAAAUCAAAUUUUACAAAACUUAGAUUACUUUGUAGAACUUUGGCUGGAAAUAAUGUUUACUAUGUAACAAUAACAGAACCUUCAAUUACUGAUGAGCCUAAGAAAAAAAAAGCUGUAGUUGUGACGGCAAGAGUUCAUCCUGGAGAAACGCCAUCAUCGUGGAUGAUGAAAGGAUUUAUAGAUUUUUUAACGAGCGAUAGUGAACAAGCUAAGGAAUUGCGGGAAAAAUUUAUUUUUAAAUUAGUGCCAAUGUUAAAUCCCGAUGGAGUAAUUGUAGGAAAUAAUAGGUGCUCUUUAACGGGACGAGAUCUUAAUAGACAGUACAGAACAGUUAUAAGAGAAACAUAUCCACCGGUGUGGCACACAAAACUUAUGAUUAAAAGACUGAUCGAAGAAUGUGGCAUUGUCAUGUACUGUGAUCUUCAUGCUCAUUCGCGUAAGCAUAAUGUGUUCAUUUACGGCUGUGAAAAUAAACGUUACAUAGAAAAAAGGCUACAGGAGCAGGUUUUUCCUUUAAUGCUUCAUAAAAAUGCAGCUGAUAAAUUUUCUUUUGAAAAUUGUAAAUUUCGAAUUCAAAGGUCUAAAGAAGGAACUGGACGAGUGGUUGUUUGGAUGAUGGGUGUUUUGAACAGUUAUACCAUGGAAGCAUCCUUUGCAGGUUCAACUUUAGGUAGUCGAGGAGAUACUCAUUUUAAUAUUCAAGAUUUUGAAAGUAUGGGAAAAGCUUUUUGUGAAACCUUGUUAGAUUUUUGCGAUGAAGACCCAAGCAAGGAAAAAUUAAGGCUAAAGAUUGUCGAAAGAUUAAUGAAGGAAGGCUCGAAUGCCGACGAACCCACCAAUAUUAACUUAUCAGAUUAUUCAAGUGACGAAGGAGACACCAGCGAUAGUUCAACCGGUGACGUUAUUCCCAAAGAUGAAAAACCAGCAUGGACAGAAAAUACAAAUAAAAUUUUAAAGGCUCCUACACAUGAGUCACCUUCAUUACCUUCCACUACAAUAAAAAAAACUUCUCCCUUAAAGCAAAAACAGAAAUCGAAUGGUGUAAAAGUUCCAAAAAAAAUAAAUGUUUCUGAAAAAACUCCUCCUGUGCCAAGAAAAGUUCUUCAAGUACAUAGAACAACGCUAGAUCCUCCAACUCAAGAGCAAAAUCAAGAAGGGUUAGAUUUCACUACCGAACCUGAAUCUACUACGGAAGAAAAUAAUAAUUGUUCAAAAGGAAUUUUCAAUUCAAAAAUAAAUGAAAAGAAAAAAAAAGUAAAAAGGCGGUACAUGCCACCGGAAUUGAUAGUGACGUCAGCUCAAAUUUUAGAAAAUUCUGACUUGUAUUGUACAUGCACUAAUUUUAAAGAAAUAAAAAGAAAUUUCAAUAAAAAAAAUGGAAAAAUUGAAGCGACUGCAGAAAAAAUUCAUUUAUGGCAUCAUAAUAAGAACUUAUACAGGAAAGGGCAAAAAUCAAUCAAAGAAUUAAAUGCAGAAUUUCAACUUAAAAUGGGGUCAAUGAUAAAACAAAAAAUAUGGCCUGGAUGGCCAUGCAACAGUAUAAAAAAUAAUGCAUCAUUAACAAAAAGUUCAGCAGGAUUGUCUUUCGCACACUGGAGUAAAGGACCCUUAGUAUGGACAUCAAAUUUUACCUCACAAUCGAGCAAUAAAAUAAUUAUUGAUCCUCAGACGUUAUCGCAACAAAGCACUAGAAAAAUAAUUUUUCACAUGAACAGUUCUGCACAUCAAUACAGAAAAAAAAAAAAAUGUGGCCUGCUAAAAUAUUUAAAAUUAAUAAAACGUUAA